GCUAAAUCGACGAAUAAUACUCGUAAUGACGCUAUUUACUCGUAUUACUAUUUAUGCAUAUAAUUAUCUUGGCCACGAAAAUAAAUCACAUAUUCAAAACAAUCGAAACUAUCAUUUCCAAGUUUUUCGCUGAAGAAAAACGAGUACUGCAACAAUGCUGCCCAAAAUUCUAUUUUGGGUUAUUGCCUUGAACUGUUUGAUUACAGAUCAGGCCGCCCAACAAAGGAACUAUAAUGUGGAGUUGCGUCAGUUUAUUUGUAAAUGUCUCAAAUCUCGACCAGUUCAACAACUUGAAUGUUUCUUUAAGAAAUUGGAAACAAAUCGAUAUUAUGCUACCGGCUUUGUUAUGCUCAAUCAGCAAUUGGAUAAAAAUCUCGAUGUCCAAGUCAAAUUUAACAUAGGAAGUGGUAAAAAGAUAAUUAAGUUCCUUGAUGUGAAGCUCAAUAUAUGUGAUACAUUACAACGAGGAGCCUCUACACCCGUUAUACGGAGAAUUAUUAUCGAACUCUUUAAAUGUAGCAAUUUACCUCGAAAAUGUCCCAUAAAACCGAACUUUCUCUUCAAUGCAUCCUACAUCCUCGAUGAUUCUUACUUUCCCACAUAUUUUCCACCUUCGUUGGAUGUCAACUUCACUGUAGACUUUUAUGAUAAUCACCAAAAGUUUGCAAUACUUUUGCUUCAGGGUAGCAUUGUACCAAAGACGAAAAUAAAUAAAUGAAAAU